GUCAGAGUGGUUCCAGCCUUGAAGAAAAGUUUGAUUUCUGUCAGGCAGUUGGACGAACAGGGACACGAGGUAAAGUUCAGAGAUGGGCAGUGGAAGGUCGUGAAGGGAAAUCUUGUCAUGGCCCGUGGAAGGAAGAGAGGUUCGUUGUAUAUGGUCGAGUUACCAUCUGAGGGAGUGACCGUCCCAGUUCAAAAGAAAAACGAAGUCCGGUUCACAGAGUCUCGUGGGCAGAAUAAGGUUGUCUGUGCAAGAGAGAAACCUAGAGCCACUGGCCAGACUCAGGAUGAACGAGCGUGGAAAGGUUCAAGGGGGCCAGUCAGAGGUAUUUGUGGCAGUGGGAGCUCAAGAGGCGUUUCAGCCAAGUUGCCUAGAAGACAGUGGGUCAGGAGAACCAGUAUUCCAGCUGUUGGAACAUCUCCAAAAAAUUUCUUGCUGAGUAUGGAGAGUGUUUGUUCUCAGGAUGUUCCAGGAUCCGGUAGUGUGCGUCUGUAGUGUGAGCCGGUAGGGACCGAGGAUGAGUGAGGGGCUGAUUUUGCCGUGACUGAUGUGUUGGAGAUUGGGAGAGCUUCAACGGG